AUGGAUGAUCGAUAUCGUAAACGGGUGAUGCUGUCGAGAAGGCCUGCCCCUGUUCCUACUCCAGUCGCAAAUUUCUCGAGGUAUCGCGCUGCGAAAGCCUCGGCUAUUCGGUCGAGGAGAAACCUUCGCGACAGCUCCAGCUCUGGCAGUUCAAGAUGCCUGGAGAAGAGGAGACCCGCGUGUCCACCAGACGUAUCAAGUCCAAACCGACGCCCCUGCUCCCCCAUCGUAAUGCUCCGCGUGGGCCCUCAACAACGCCUCUUCGCCGCCCACGAAUCCAUCCUCAGCGCAUCCCCCUUCUUCGCAGCCCACUGCUCCUCUCAAAUGCCCAGUCCCCCUCCGCCCUCUCACCCACACAUCACAACCCCCAGCAAGCGCAUCGACCUGCCCGACGAAAACCCCGAAGUCCUCUCCUGCAUCCUCGAAUACCUCUACAAAGGCGACUACACACCCCGCCUCCACCACAAUCCCACCCGAGGAACCUGGACUCUAGACGACGACAUUCUCCCCCCACAAACGACAACCUCUACCGCAGGUGCAGGCGCAGGCGCAACCGCAACCGCAACCGCCGCAGCAGCAAGUAUAAACGCCACUCUCUCCCCCAACGCAGUGAUAUGGCACCACGCCGCCCCGGACACCCCCAUCCUCCGGGACACGGCCGUCUACUGCGCCGCACUAAAAUACCGCCUCCCCUCGCUCGCGCGGCUCGCCCUGCGCAAGCAGGGACUACAUAUGGGUAUACCCUGUCGGACCAUUCUGGCGAGUGCGCGAUUCGCGUAUGCGCAUACGCCGGAGACGGAGUCGAGAUUGCGGGCGCAUUAUUUGGCGCUGAUUAUUCGAUGUCGGGGGACGUUUAAGAGGAGUGGGACUAUGCAGGUUGAGAUGGAGAAGGGGGGGAGGUUAUUUUUUGAUCUCUUCGUUGCUAUGUGUAAUCAUAUGGAUGAUGUUUAUCCGUCGGCCAUGUCGGUUUGUAGUACGGCAGUUCCGGAGUAUGGACAGGGUUGGUAGGUUGGGUUUGCAGUUGGUGUACUUGUUUGGAUUAAGGACUCAAGAGCUGGCGAGAUCUUUCCAGUGUAUGGGUUUGUAUUGUUUUUCUUACCACUGCAGGAGCAGGGGUCUAAUGGUUUUAUACCCAUGUACAACUAUAAUAUUAUCAACCGUAAGGGCAGAAUGAGGUAGGAAUGCAGAUAUGUUUCUUAACUAUGGAAGAGAACCCGUGGUGUUCCGUUCUCUUCGUGUCAUAUCCAUCGUAGACCAAUGUGCACGUAGCAAUUGUAUCAGUCUCCAUUUGCUUGUGUGGCGGGUGGGAGGAAUGUGAGAUGAGGCUGGUCAGAUGCUGAGAUUGUUUUCUUCGAGCCUCGAGUAUAUCGGCAUCUCCGCGAUGCCCGCAAUGCGGCUAGAGUUCACCUUAGGCGAUAAGUUUGAAUAUCCAGGUUAAGAUGAGAGUGUCGGUGGGCGUUUGGAGUAGCGAGUUUUCAGUCUUCCGAGGACUAUGAUUUGGUAAGGGCUUCCAGACGUGCAGGCUCUAGGUAUAGUCACUCGCUCGUUCCAAUGGCAAGCUUCGAAAGGUCGAGCGAGUUCCUAUGAAUGCAUAAUUCUUAGACGCCGGUGCCUGGGAAUGCGGUAUUAUUCUUGCUCAAGACGACCAUGCCGCGUUCACGCGCAAUGUAGCCCUUCAUGAGACCCUUCGAAUUAUA